AUGAAUCACGCUUCUCUAUCUGGAAGUCUGAUGGAAGAUUCUGGUCGACAAUAUGGACAGAUUGUCAAUGUAAUCAAGAAACAUUUACCUAUUCUAAGAGGAGACAAUGAUCUCCAUGACCUGGUUAAAAAGGGCUGCUGCUUUGUACCCAAAUGUAAUGGUACAUUGGGCAAUUACCUAUCACCAAGUAUGGUAAAUGCCAAAGAGCCACAUUGCAUUCACUCCCCAUCCUCACUCAACAUGAUGAAUAAAGCCAAUACAGCCCGAAAUUUUUACUACAUUACCAUUCUUCGGGAUCCUGUGUCUCGAUAUCUGAGUGAAUGGAGGCACGUUCAGAGAGGAGCGACCUGGAAAGCGUCCUUACAUGUUUGUGAUGGUAGAUCUCCCACAUCCAAUGAGCUGCCUAGCUGUUACACAGGAGAUGACUGGUCUGGUUGUUCUUUGAAGGAGUUUAUGGAUUGUCCUUACAACUUGGCCAACAACCGUCAAGUGCGUAUGUUGUCAGAUCUCAGUCUAGUUGGAUGUUACAAUCUUUCAGUUAUGCCUGAGGAUCAAAGGAACAAAGUCCUUCUUGAUAGUGCUAAGGAAAACCUUAAGCAAAUGGCUUUCUUUGGGCUAACAGAGUUCCAAAGGAAAACGCAGUAUCUCUUUGAGAAGACUUUCAACAUGCAUUUCAUCUCGCCAUUCACACAGUUCAACAGUACAAGGGCAUCUAGUGUUGAGAUUGAUGAUCAGACACAAAAACGCAUUGAGACUCUAAAUUUUUUAGACAUGGAAUUAUAUGAAUAUGCAAAAGACCUUUUCUUACAAAGAUAUCAGUUUAUGAGACAGAAGGAACAUCAAGAGGCAAGGCGGAAGCGCCAAGAGCAACGCAAAAUUUUCCGCUCUAGGCAUGCUAAUCAUAAAGAGGAAACAGAUAACUCAACUACUGAUUACAUAGGCAAUGUUGAAAAAUGGCGGUAGUAGAUUUUGCAUUUUUAAUUUACUAGGUGGACUGUAUAUGAAAUUUACAGGAAAAAAACAUUAUAGAAGAUGGCAUAAUCCAAAAGAUUUUAACUUCAUCUACAGUAUGAAGCAGAAAACAAUUAUCAGUUGCCUUUGCAGAUGCCUUCACAUUAAAUGUAAUUAGUGUACAUGAGGAAAUGGAAUAUGAAUAUAAUUUGUGAUGUAAAAUUAACACAAAUCUCCUUUUAUAAACUGGCUUCUCAAAGAUAAAUGGGAUUUUAGUUUCUGCUUUGAUAUUGACCAAUCAGAAUGCUACAUUUGGCUCAGUUUAGUUGCAUAUUUCCAGUGGCUAAAGGUUUUUCAUUACGUCAUAUCUAUUGUUUUUACUUAAGAGUUUUACAGAUUAUGCAAUAGUGUGUAUCAUAUUAACGGGUUCGUAUUUACUUCUUCCUAAUUUUUUGAAGCCUCCAGGAAUUUAGAAAAUAUUAUUGUUGUAUAAAGUCUGAUCUUCCUGUGCCCUAUGGUAGUAGACUACAAUCCCUUCAAAGACCUGUAUGUCUUGUAAGAUCAAUUUGGGCCAUAGUUGGUGAUUGUUCAUAUGUGUUGACUUCAUUUACAUGACUAUAUGAAAAUUUGAUACAUCGCUAUGAAAUCAACUUCAGUGUAUCACAAAAACUAUUUUAUUUUUAUUUACUUUUCAUGCAGCACCAGUAUACCUAAAUAUUAGGAUGGGUCUGAAGACAGGAUGUGUAUAUUUCAGAACUUUUGUUACAUAUUUAUCAAAUUGUAAGACCAAAUCAUGAGGCAUUAACUAAUGUGAUAUUUGAAGUUAAUAUAUGACAUUGUAUGUGUGUUUUCCAUUCUAUGUAUAUAUUGCUUAUAAAACUCAUUGAGAAAACAUACUCUGAAUAUAAAUAUCUGUUCUGAGUAUGUUAUAGAUUGUACUGAUCUGAUUCCACAAUUAUUGCAAUAAGAAAAAAAAAUAGACAUGGAGCCUUUAACACUAUUAUGUAACAAUGCUCUUUCUUGCUGAAUUAGAAAGAUCUAUGAUAUGUAUUUAAUUCAUUUUAUGGCUUAUAAAGUUUAUUUGGAUUGCA